ACAGCAAAUGGUAGCAGAAAUUGUAGCCAACCAAAACCAAACCCUCCUACUUUGUUCCCUCUUUCCCGAGCGCUUGAAGUCUUGAACCCUGGCGUUUUGUUUUCCUAACCUCUUCUUCCCAGUUGGCUCCAUCUCCUUCCACCUUUGACCUCCCUUUCUUUGGAUCGCCAGAUUAACUCCGUAAUACUGCUCCCCACCCUUUGCUAAAUCCUUAGACGCCAAAACCCACUCUUUGCGCCUACACAAUUUCGGAGACUGAGGCCUCUCUUGCUUUCACUGGUGCUCAUCCCUCUUAAUUCUUCAUUACCUACUUACCCUUAAGGUGUUCUCCAGGAUACUUCCUGUCUUGGGUUGCCCCCUCUCGUUUUUAAUAAAAUUUCGAUUACUUAUAUAUAUAUAUAUAUAUAAAAAAAUUUGGGUACAGUAGGAACUGUAACCGGAAGGAACCGUCAUGGGGACAAGGAACCAGCAAUUGAGUCGAGAGGAGGAGGAGGAGCCACCGGGUCGUGGUGCCGCCACGAUUUCGGGCCAGUCGGUGUCGACAAGCCGUAGCGUAGGGUCUCCUUCGAGCCGGAGUGAGCAGACGAUGGCUACACCCGCCAGUGAUAGCACUUUAUUUAGACUAAACCAUCUUGACAUACAUGGCGAUGAUGCCGGAUCCCAAGGCGCGGUUGGUAGCAAGAAGAAAAAGAGAGGGCAACGGGCUGUUGGAGGUGAUAAGAGUGGAAGAGGACUCCGCCAAUUUAGCAUGAAAGUGUGCGAGAAAGUGGAAAGCAAGGGGAGAACUACUUACAAUGAGGUAGCAGAUGAGCUUGUGGCAGAAUUUGCUGAUCCUAGCAAUAGUGUCACAUCCCCAGAUCAGCAACAAUAUGAUGAGAAAAACAUCCGGCGCAGGGUGUAUGAUGCCCUGAAUGUUCUCAUGGCAAUGGAUAUUAUAUCCAAGGAUAAAAAAGAGAUACAAUGGAAAGGUCUGCCUCGUACUAGCCUGAACGAUAUUGAAGAACUAAAGACAGAGCGUCUUGGACUCAGAAAUAGAAUUGAAAAGAAAUCUGCAUAUUUGCAAGAACUGCGGGAACAAUUCAUAGGUCUUCAGAACCUGAUAGAACGAAAUGAGCAAUUGUACAGCUCUGGAGAUGCUCCCAGCGGGGGUGUGGCUUUACCUUUUAUUCUGGUUCAGACACGUCCUCAUGCAACUGUCGAAGUGGAGAUAUCAGAAGAUAUGCAGCUGGUACAUUUUGACUUCAAUAGCACCCCAUUUGAGCUCCAUGAUGACAACUACGUUCUGAAGGCAAUGAAAUUUUGUGAAAGACCACAAGCUGAUGAUAUGGCACACAAUUUUACUUCAGAUGGAGGUGAAGGUUCUAGCAUGACAGGCAUGUAUCAACCACAGAUCCCUCUUCCUCCAGUGUCAAACACGGCGGUUAGGCCUCCCACCUCACCACCUAUUCCCGGAAUACUCAAAGCACGUGUCAAGCAUGAACAUUAAUCAGCAACAUCAAGCUUGAACAUCUCACCAAGAACAAUACUCCCAGGUUGUCUGUAUAUUUUUGUAUAAUUUGCCGGCACUGCAUAGGUCCCCCCCCCCCCCAUGAUUCUCCUCACCUAAUUAGAUUGUCUUAUUUUGGAUAUAUCUAAAUUACAAGCAGAUCAGUCCUUUUCUUUAGAAACUUUUUUAGGGGUAUUGGUUUUGGCAAAUUCUUUGCUUUACAUGUCCAUCUCAGGCCAUUGUAAUUGUUUGCCAUAUUCUUAUUCCUGCUUUUUAGCCUCCAAUGUAGAAGAAAUGGGAGUGUGUUAGACUGUAGAGGAUUGUUCAGCUCCAUAGAAAUUUAUAGAAUCAGUUCAAAAAUUGGACUC